CGUGGUGGGCAAACAAACGCUGGAAGAGUGAGACGAACCUUUGGCGGCGUUGGAAGAAACUUGGCAGACUGCUUAAGUCGUCUUGGACAGACACCUCUCUUUUUAUCAGCUGUGGGAAAGGAUGAACACUCAGAGUCCGUCCUGCACUACUGUCACCACAUGGACAUGAGUGCUGUCCUUCAGCUGGAGGGGAAGAGCACAGCCACUUACUGUGCUGUGAUCACUAGUGCUGGGGAGCUCAGCGUUGGCCUGGGAGAUAUGGACAUCCACCAGCAGAUCACAGAGCAAUACGUGUCCCAGUUCAAGGAGAAUCUGUGCCAGGCCCCACUAAUUUGCAUUGAUGGAAAUGUGCCUCUUUCCACUAUUCAAUACGUCUGCCAACUAGCUAAAGAGCAUCAGCUAGCAGUGUGCUAUGAGCCAACAGAUGAAAACAAGGCCUCUAAGCCAUUCCUCUCAGACAGCUGGAAAGUGCUCACAUACAUUUCCCCCAACCUGCAAGAGCUAAGAGCAAUAAAUCGGACCCUCGGGAACCCUCUGCCAGCAGAGCUGCCAUCCAAGUUGGAGGAUGUUGUCCAGAUUGCAAUGGCCCUGGCCCGCCCUUUGCUGGCCCACCUGUGCUGUGUGGUGGUGACACUUGGUGCUCACGGCAUCCUCCUGUGUGGCAAGAGCCUGAGAGGGAGCAUCUCGCUUCAUCCAGGAGCCCACAAACAGGCUGCUGGUGCCCAGCUCUGUGCCACCCACUACCCCGCCAUACACAUCAGCAGGGAUGAGAUAGUCAACGUCUCGGGAGCUGGUGACAGCUUAACGGCAGGAAUCCUUGCGGGGGUGCUGGCUAAACAUGAUACAGAUACCUGUGUGCGGAUGGGUCUGCUUGCUGCACACUUGUCUCUCCAUUCCUAUGAGCCCAUUUCCCCUGAAAUCAGCACUUCCAGUGUCAGCCAGCAGCAAGUCAAGAGCAGGAGCUGGCCAGAGGUGAAGGUAUGGAAGAUGGACUAG